UGUAAUUCUUGGACUGGGACUUACUCGGAAGGACGAGUGCCUUGAAACGCAGGCGCGCUUUGGAGUUCGGCUGCUCCCGCUCUCCUCCUUCCUUGCACGAGGUUUGGCCGCAGGGUGCUCGGUCUCCUCCGGGUGACGUUCGGAAGGCUCCAGGACUCGACUGGACUGGACUCAUUGUUUUUUUUUUGUUUUUUUUAUCACCUGCUCGGCCUUAUCUGCAAGUUGUGAAAGAGGAGAGGAAAAUGUAUCAGAGCCUGACCUUGUCGUCCAACCAGUCCCCUUACACGCACGACACCGGGAAUUACUUGCACCCCUCGGCCAGCUCCCCCGUCUACGUCCCGACCAGCAGAGUCCCGGGCAUGCUGCCCACGCUGCCCUACCUGCAGACGUGCGAGCCGCCUCACCAGUCCCACGGCCUCGGCGCCCACCACCACCACCACCACCACCAUCACCCCCACCACGGCUGGCCGCAGGGCGCCGCGGACGGCUCUUCUUUCGCGGCCAGCAGCCCUCACCCUCCGCACGGCUUCUCCUACUCGCACAGCCCGCCGCUGAGCACCAACACCGGCCGGGAGGCCGCCUACCAGAGCCCGCUCGUGCUCGGCAACGGCGGCCGGGCGGACCAGCUCGGCGGGGCCCUGGUGCGCCCCGCGGGGGGCUCUUACACCGGGCCGUACGCUUACAUGAGCCCGGAGAUGGCGACCUCCUCCUGGACGCCAGGACCCCUCGAGAGCGGAGUGAUGAGCCUGCAGGGCCGCCAAGGAGGCAUGUCCGCGCGGCGCUGCAGUCUGGAUCUGGUGGAGGACAUGGCCACGGAGGGCAGGGAGUGCGUCAACUGCGGCUCCAUCUCCACGCCGCUGUGGCGCAGAGACGGCACGGGGCACUACCUGUGCAACGCCUGCGGCCUCUACCACAAGAUGAACGGCAUCAACAGGCCGCUCAUCAAACCUCAGAAACGGCUGCACACCACAUCUCGCCGAGCCGGCCUGUGCUGCACCAACUGUCACACGAGCACCACGACGCUGUGGAGGCGUAACGCUGAGGGAGAGCCAGUGUGCAACGCCUGCGGCCUCUACAUGAAACUGCACGGGGUGCCCCGACCUCUGGCCAUGAAGAAAGAGAGUAUACAGACAAGGAAGCGCAAACCCAAAAUGCCCAAGAACAAAUUACUCACAGGAGGACGUACGACCUCUGACAGCGGCUCGCCAUCGUCGCUGUCUGCAUCCGAGCAUGCGUCCACCAUCAAGAGUGAACCCAGCAUGACCCCUUCACCCUACGCCGGGCAGACUGUCACGUCCGCCUCCCAGACGGCUACCCAGUUGAACGCCACAGUAUCCGCGGCACACAUGGACAUUAAAUAUGAGGAUUAUGUCUUUACGCCAACAUCCAUGGCCCCACAGAACUCCUGGUGCGCUCUUUCUCAAGCAUGAGUCCUAAAACCCAAUCACCCAGUUUCCAAGUCUUACCGGCCGCGACGGUUGACGUGUGGCCGAGAGCACGUAAUCCGUCGGCGAUGCAUUACCGGCCCUGCAACUUAAAGACUCGCAUGAGAGUCAACCGACCUACGGGAUGCAAGAUGCAGGGUACCUGGACCUCACCUACAACUACCUAUUAUCAAGCAAGCAAACGCACCAAUGCAAAGACAAUCAUAUGAAUUGGAAAAAGAGAAAUACAUAGUUAUUCAUUUUAUAGCAAUUUGUUUUGCUGUUUUUUUUUUUUAUUUUUUUUUUAACAAACACAAUGAGGGCAUGUUACUGUCACUACAGAAAUAAAAUGGAGCUAUUUUUUUGGUUUUAUGGCUGCUGAACUCAUCUCAUCACUAGCAUGUAGAUGAUUAACUUUUAUUGACGCAUUAUUUAUGUUGCGAUAAGGGCAGUUAAAAGUCAUCGUUUCACUCCGCUUGUCCGUGCUGGGCGGCCAUGUUGAGUGACCUCCAUUAAGUGAGCAAUUGGUUUGCGAGGUAUAUGAGGGUGAGAAAUUGGAUAUCAUUUUCAUUUCAUUUUCAGGUGUUGUGACUACAUAUUAGAGUUUUGUCCAAAUGAUUGACGGCACAAGUGCAAUGGAUCCAUUUCUUAAAAAAAAAAAAAAAACUGGCCAAAAGAGUGAAAUAAUUAUAAACAU